GCUUUGGCUCUCCAAGUUUGAGUCAUUCCGGCAUCAAAUCUUUGCGCGAGUGGUUGUGUUUCUCUCGAAUGUGCUUCACCGAAACCCAAAAAAUAGAAGGAUUCUUCCAAUCAACAAAUAUUAGCCCUUCAAUCUAGGGAAGGAAAAAUAUGUGAUCCACUCAUCAUCUCAGGGAAGCGGAAACGCUGUUCGGUGACGCGGUGUAACGAAGUGUGUUUUAUUGCAAGUUUUAAGUUCGCUGUCGCUUUUUCACACAUCGGCUGUAAAAUCCCCAUUUGGGAACCUUGAAGAGUAGCCGAGGGCAGAGUUCCUACGACGGUAUGGCAUCCUACGGUACCAGUUCACCAGCUGCUUCAAUGUUUAAGUCUCCUCCAACCGCACUGCAGCUAUUGCUGGAGGAGAUCAACUUCCAGCGCACAAAGGAAAUGCGGCAGUUGCUUAAAGAUGACGGUGGCUUCGUAGUGCUACAGGGUACCACAUAUUGGACGGAUCUGUUCGUUCGCCACUUUCUAUUCCAGACGGAGAAACAGCACAGUAUCGACUGCGACGAUUUGCUGUUUUUCGUGCGCAAGAAACACGUGAAAGGGUCUUCCCGGGUGAUGCCAAAGUACGAGACGGAAAUCGAAGUGUUCCGAAAAGACUCCCGCAAGCUGCCAAUCGGGGAUCCGGACGUUGACUGGGAGGAAACGGUGUAUCUGAAUCUGGUUAUACACCAGUUCGACUAUAUGCUCACACUGGCGAUCUGUACCAGAACAUCGCCGAAGGAGCUGCAGGUAUUGAGGAGACACACACAGAAAGUGUAUGCUUCACCCAGCAGAAGAAAGAUGGACACUAAAGGGGAAAGCGAGGAGAUCACUUAUCCCCACAUCUGUUUUAUGGUGGAUAACUUUGACGAAGUUUUUCACGAUAUUCUGGUUCGGGAUGGGGAAAUGGUUUGCGUGGAAUUGGUGGCCACCGAUCGGGAUGGCAGUGUACAGGGUGUGAUUUUCCUGGGAUCGAUACGGUAUGAUGCGCUGAAGAAAGUUUAUGAUGCCAGGCAAUCUAGUCUUAGUUCAAAAGUAGCACAACGCAUGUCGUUCGGACUGUUCAGUUCCGGAGGGCCACAGACUCGCUGCGAGUUUGUAAGAAUGAAAGGUCCGCAAGGCAAAGGCCAUGCGGAAAUGGCUGUGACUAAGCCGAAAGGUUCCGGCGUGGAGACUCCAACCAGUGAACCGGGCUUCUGUGCCACCGAUAUGUGGGAUUCGGAAUGGGAGGAUGACUGCGAUGAAUACUACAACUAUCGGCACCAGCGCAGACUUAGCGAUCCGAGCGCAAACUUAAACAACUUCAGUCGCUAUGGAUGGAGGUCCAAAAAUACGACCGAUACAUCGUACGGUGGUACUAAGGCUCGGUCCGAGAAUGAAGGGUUAGAUUGUCUGGCCAAUGAAGUGUCCGAAAUCGAAGCGGGCGAUUUGCGGGAUGAUCGUCCUGCUUCCUCCGCGUCCGAUUCAAAGCUGACCGAACAUCAGGUCGCCACCCACGGGAGGCUGGGAAUGGCGGCCGGUGCCGCUUCAGGUUUGAUCACGAGGCGGAAAACCGGUAGCAGUAGUGGAUCGAGCAGCAGUUGCUGUAAUUGCUUCGGACCCCGCAAGCGUUGGAGUGACACCGCUUCGACACAAAUGUCCGACGUGUACUACAUGCCCUGUCCCAAGUGCGAAGCGGAGGCACUAGAGCUGAACAAUUCCCCGGCAUGCUUGGGCACUGUCUCUAAGGGCCGAUCGGCGCUCAAGCACAGGAAUCUGCUGAUUGUCGAAAGUGAGAUCGAAUACGGUAACGGAAAGAAGAAGCCUGAGGGACGCAGCGAAGUUCGUGAUACGGCGAAAAAGAGUCCCAAGAAAGCUAAAGGGUCGCUGUCGCCGUGUUGCAAGAAAAAGACUGAAAAUAACAAUAAGCACGAGAGGCACCACCAGGACAGCACGGAAGAGGUCGAGCUGGCUGACGACGCGGUCUCGUUGAAUGGAGAUCUGAGUGACGAGGUGGCGAAAAUGGGCGUAAUGAACGAUUUUGACGCAAAUCAAGUGAUUCGCGUGAAUGGGAAGGAGGAAUUUCCUGUUAGAGAAAGAGUGGACACUGGAACUAAUGCAAUAGCAGCACAGAAAAUUAGCACUAAAGUUGAAAAAACCGUUACAGCUGAAAAAGUAAUAGCUGGAGAACAAAAUGAGGAAAAUGAUAAGAAAAAAAUAACUUUCGUCCAGGCAACCCUCAGUGAUUGUGGUCGAUUUUCUAUAAUCUACCGCAGGAGAAGUAAACAUUUUAGAAACAAACGCCUCUCCAUGGAAAGCAACACUGAGUGCCAGGCUAAUAAUGAAAAGCCUAAUAGUGGAAAUAGUACUAACAAUAGCAGUAACAGCAUCGAUACAAAUAAGGAUUUCAAUGGAAACAACGGCACUAAGAGUAGCGAACAAGAGCGAUCGGAGGAACGAAAGAGUUGUCCCGAGCAGGACGAACAAGAUAGUGCCAAUAUUGCGGAUGCGUUGAAAAAUUUACGCGCCAAAAAAUCGUGCUCAACCUUACCUAAAGUUAAGAAACCGAGCUACAACAGCUUCUAUCUGAGGCCGCAGAACUUCAGCAGCCGAAUGGUUGAGCAAGUGCCCAAGCGACGUACUCCGGAUGGGACGGACAUAUACUAUUGGUGUGAUUAUCAUCCGAAAAAAGGAAAAGAACUAGACGAUGGAGCGUACAAUCCACUAUGGACAACGAAGGGCUUCACGCAGACUUUUCAUUUCUGGAAAGAGAACCGUCGCCAGCAGUCGAUUCCGCUCAACGCAUUCUUGACGUACGUUACACUGCCUUGGUGGAGUAUAGCGAAAGACCUUCUGGAUCACAGAGAGCAACCCAUUCUAACGUUUUAAAGCUGGAACGCUAUCCUAACCUGAUUGAAGGCCACAGAUUAUGGUGUAUUGAACUAAUGCGUACUAUUAUUUAAUGCGUACUAGAUGAUGGUUUACCACAUGCGUGUGAGCAUAGUGAUGAAGUUAGUAUAACCAAAAGCUGACGAACAAGAGACUUAAAGGUCACAAGACUAGGCGGCGCUAUUGCAGCCUUGGGAUUUUUCAUACGGUAUUUCUGUGGGAUUGGUGUAUAUAAUAUUUCGAUUACUACAUUUCGUAGGUAGGAUAACCAAUGCUGGUUUACAAUUUUCCGAAGCUAGUCACUCUUCUCUGUAAUCAUCGAAAAAUUAUCACGAUUGUCUGAAAUGUGAAAUGGUUUACCGCAAAAGUGUAUUGAGGCUCUGGGCACACCGUAAUGACGCUUGGCAUGAAAACACGCCAUACUCAGUAUUGGAAACGAAUAUAUAAAGUACUUAUAAUACAAGACUGUAUAACAUUUAAA